AUGGGAAGAAAGGGGACAGAAAGGGUAAUUAUGAGCAAUGGUCCCGGAGUUUCUGGACAGAAGGGAAAAGACCCCUCUCUCUUUCUCAAGAAAGCGUUUUCAAGGUCCAUCGCCAUGGUCAUUAUCGUUUUCAGGGAAAUGACAAUGUGGAAGAUGAUGCAUCAAUUCUUUCUGGGACAUGGGGUUACUAACUUUGGGGGGUUUUGGGACUCCUCGGAGAGCGACGCGACUCUGACUGCCGAUGGGUUUUCAAGGUGGUUAUGCGCUGGAGUGACAGUCUCCCGCUGUGUCAACUCCGCUAGAUUGUCGACAGCAAAUGUCAUUUGA